GCUCUACACCACCACGACCACCUCCAACACCCCCAAUGAACACGACAAAGCGCCGACAGUCCAAGAAGAGAGGCGAUAAAACACACGUCCAAUACGAGCACAGACGACGAGGAAAAAUGGGAAAAUUUUCACUGUUUUGUUGUUGAACUGUUCUCAAAAAAAAUAAAUAAAAUUAUUGUUAAUUUAGUUUAUCUUCCGACAAGUAACGAAACGAACAAAAGCACACACACUGUCCGGUCCGGUCCAGCAGCUCAUAAAAAUACUAUAAAAUUUCUAUACAAAAAAAAAAAAUUCCUUGGGAAAAUAAUGAAAAAAAAGUGACAAAAUUACUGCCCAUUUGAGCGAGUGCGAAAAAACAGCCUAAGAAAAAAAGCCCAACAAACGAAAGGGCAACCAAACGAAAUAAAAAAUCCAAAUCCUCUGAAACCUCGAAGAGCAUAAAUUAAAAAAAUAAAUCAAAAUAAAUAUUACCAAACCAGCCCCUCCCGAAAUUCCCAGAAUUUCAACGACGACCAAACAGCCCUCAAAGCAGUACCAACGACCCACCACUCCAUGUUGGUGGCUCGCCCUGCCUGAACCGACCAACCCAACCAUAAAGCAAAUUAAAAGCCUAAAACGAAUGUAUUUCGAAACAAGCAUGCUAUGCUAAAGGCAGGCAAAUUGCCUUUGCUAAGAUUCACAGGAAGCCCACUCUUAUCAGCAACAACAUAGCUGGCUGCACAAACUUCACCGGACGAUAGGUUUCCAGUUGGUUGAAAAAAGUCCCCCUCAAACCAACUCAUAACAGUUCCUGCCUUCUUCUGCCGCUGCAGCCACAAGGGGUGCUGCUUGCAUUUGUGUUUGCGCGGUGUGUGUGUGUGCGCGCGUGUCAAUCACUUUCCGUCUCCACUUUCAUCUGCGGUCCAGGUUCAAGGCCAGUCACUUGUCAUAAGCCCUCGGCUUUCAGUCGGAAUUUCUGCAACAGCCCGUGUGCGAGAGACACACAUGGCUGGUGAUAUGUCCUCCUUAGGUUGCGCUGCCCUCAAGAAAUCCUCCAAACAAAAGCUGUCCAGCGACAAGGAGAACAACUCCGGCAUUCAUAACUCCGUAACGGCAUCGGGAACACGCAAGGAGAAUGGACACUUGGCCAUGAAGCCCCCAAAUGCACCGCCACAGAAUAUGCGAGGAGGCCUAAGGGUCUAUAAGAUAGUCAUAUUGGGCGAUGGUGGUGUGGGCAAAUCCGCUGUUACUUUGCAGUUUGUGAGCCAUAAUUUUCUGGACUACCAUGAUCCCACAAUUGAGGACUCAUAUCAACAACAAGCGGUUAUUGACAAUGAAGCAGCGCUUCUGGAUAUACUCGAUACUGCUGGGCAGGUCGAAUUUACCGCCAUGCGGGACCAGUACAUGCGUUGUGGUGAGGGUUUUAUUAUUUGCUAUUCUGUCAUUGAUCGUCAUAGCUAUGAAGAAGCCUCCGAGUAUCGAAAAUUAAUACAACGCGUCAGAUUAACUGAAGACAUACCCGUGGUUUUGAUAGCCAACAAAUGCGAUCUUGAGUCUCUGAGAAAGGUUUCAACCGAAGAAGGCCGUAAUUUGGCAAAUCAAUUUGGUUCGCCGUUUUUCGAAACCUCUGCUGCAUUACGCUUGAAUAUCGAUGAAGCGUUUUACGCUUUGAUACGCGAAAUACGCCGCAAAGAAAAACAAAAAGCAUUGGGUAAUGGUACCAGCUCCGAAAAACUGCAUUCACGACGACGAAGUCGUUGGUGGCGUAUACGCUCGAUAUUCGCCUUGGUAUUUAGGCGAAGACGAAACUUAAACUAAACCAGUUAUCUAUCUACGAACAUUUUUGGAACAAAUCUCUCUCCCAACGUACCUCUUACUUACAAAAAAGGUAACAAGCACAAUGGUAGUAUAGCACACAAGAAAACAAACACACAAAAAAAUAAUCCUCAAAAAGACACCCACAGACAUCACAACCCUUACUCACAGGGAUGAGUAUUUUAUGGGAAACACACCAAGGAUAUGGUCAGAUUACAUCAAUUGUCACCGCACUAGAUCUGAAUCUAUCCAAAGGGUAAGAAGAGUUUUCUUUAUACAAAAAAAUCAUCUCACAUUGCACCUCCUAUUUGGAAAGAGAGAAAAUGACAAAGAGAGGAUGUUAGAGAUAAGGAGAGCAUAAGUAAGUGUUUUGUUUAAAGGAAUCAUAGAUUUUUUUAUAUAUUUUCAAUUGUUUAACAAACUAAGUUUCCAAAUGAAUUUACACUAAAAGUAUGAAUGAGUAUAAAAUAUUUGUUAAAUAGAAUUUAGGUACAUACACACACACACACACAUAC